AUGGCUGCUUUACUUAUAGCUGGUGCUGUACCUACCGCUCUUGCCGGUCUUUGUAAUGAUGUUAAUGGUUUUUACGCUGUUCGCUUUUUCAUUGGUAUCUUGGGUGCUACCUUCGUUCCUUGCCAGUUUUACACUACCCAAAUGUAUGAAAAAAAUGUUGUUGGAUCCGCUAAUGCUUUCGCCGGUGGUUGGGGAAAUUUAGGUGGCGGUCUCACAUAUAUAUUAAUGCCUUUGGUAUUUGACGGUCUAGAAUCAAGUAUUCAGAACCCAAGCAUUACAUGGCGAGUCGCUCUAGUCAUUCCUGCUGGUCUCUGUAUAAUCGUCGCAAUACUGAAUUUAAUUUUUGCUGAUGACUAUCCUGGUGGUGAUUGGCUUAAGCGUAAAGAUUCUUUAAAUGGAGUAAAUGGUCAUACUGUAAAUGGUCAUGUUGAAGAUAAAGUCGCUGAAGUUCACGAAGCCAAUGAAAAGAAAGCCGAUAAUUAUCCUGUUGAUGAUGAUACUAAAUCUAAAGGGAAUAAGAAAUUGAAGGAAUUGUGGAGAGCAUUUAUCAAUCCAAAUGUUAUAAUGUUGAUGAUGCAAUACGCAUGCACUUUUGGUGUCGAAUUGGCAGUUGAUGGUGUUAUUGGUGAUUUCUUCAUUUCUCAGUUUCACCUUCUUGUUACUGGUGGUAAUUUUAUUGGUGCUAUUUUUGGUCUCAUGAACAUUUUCUCUCGAGCAACCGGUGGAAUAUUAUCUGAUGUUGCAAACCGAAGAUUUGGAAUGCGCGGUCGUUUGUUUUGUCAAUUCUUUGCCUUAUUCUUAGAAGGCUUGUUUUUACUCGUUUUCCGAUUCUCGCUUGAUACCUUGCCAUCGGCUAUUGUUGUUAUGAUUUUCUUUAGUUACUUCACUCAGGCGGGUUGUGGUACAACAUAUGGCAUAGCACCAUACGUAGACCCUGAAAUAUAUGGUACAGUUGCUGGGUUAAUAGGGACAGGUGGUACUAUUGGUGGUAUAGCAUUUGCUUCAGUAUUCAAACUUUAUGCUAAUUCACUUCAAAAUGGAUUCAUGGUAAUUGGAUUAGUGGUUAUGUGUAUCUCAUUCACCACUUUUCUCUUGAAAGUUACAGGUGAAAGGUUGAUUCCGAUAAAAAGACUAAAGUAA